AUGGCGAUGCCGUAUGAUCCCACUACUUCGACGAAUGGUUCAAACCGUUCUAGCUGGGUAUACGAUUAUGAUACCCCAAUAUCUACCCAAAGCCCAUGUGUUAUUGGACCUACUGGUUCCGGGAAAAGUACAUUUAUCAACAUGAUUUUAGGUCAAGAAAGAAUGAAAGUCGGCCAUGAACAGGAAUCUUGUACCUCUGUAGUCUCCGCUAUUCCCGUCCUUCCGAGCAAGGCGUCAGUCUGCAACCGCAUCGGAAACCGAAAAGUUCUCUUAGUUGAUACCCCUGGAUUUGACAACACUGAAGUCGACGACAUGAAGGUUUUGGGUGAAAUUACCAAUUGUCUAGAGGACUUAUACCGCCAUCAUCACACCAUGGGAGGGAUCAUAUACCUCCAAGAUAUCUCCCUUGACCGCGUAUCUGCAUCUACCAUGAUGUGCAUCGACCUUGUUAACAAGGCAUGCGGUAUUCUUGGGCUGCGACAUGUCGUCCUUGGAGCAACGAAAUGCAACAGACUAUCUGCUGCCGAGGUGGAAAACCGAAUGAUCCAGUUAAAAGGCGUUCACUGGAAAGGAAUGAUGGAUAUGGGAGCACAGGCAUUUCCAUUAGCUUACGACCCUCUGUCUGAUGCCCAAUCACUCCUCGACGCUGUUUUGGAACGUUUUGAACCUGGCGUCCUUCUAGAUAUUCAACGGGAAUUUCGGCGCACUAAAGACAUCAGAAAUACAAGCGUAGGCAAGCGCCUCAUACAGUACAUUAGCCGUUGGAAAAGGGCGUUUCAAAGAAUAUUCCAGUUUGAUUUCUUUUAG